CAGACUAUUAGUGUAUUCAUUCUUGAUUUUGGUUACUAAAUCAUUAAGUUUAUUUAUAAGAGUGCUUUUUCUCUUUUUAGGAGACAUGAUUAUUAGACAAGCAAUUAUUCUCCUAAUUUUCAUUAGUUUCUCUUCUCAGAGAAAAACCAUUGAUUUAUUGUUGUCAUACAAUCUUGAAGAUCCAACUAGAUAUCAAUUAAAAACUUCUUAUGGGUUUGAUGAUUCUCGUAAACAGCAUGAUUAUUCGAAAACUGAUUCGGAUGAACCAAAUACAGAAAAUCACUUUGAUGAUGAGAAUUCAACAGAUGAAUCUUCAUUGAACGAUGAAGAAUUAGAUUUAUUACAACCUGAGAAUCCAACUGAAGGAAUAAGUGUGCUAUAUGCACAGCCAGAGCAAAUCCAUUUAUCCAUUGGAACCAAUGUAAGUACCUUUGUAGUGACAUGGCAAACAAUGUCACCUACUCCUGUUCCAACUUGUAAGUAUGGCCGAAAUGGCAUGAUAAAGAUAGCUACUGGUGAUACAACAUUAUUCAUUGAUGGAGGAAAAGAAAAAUUAAAAAGGUAUAUACACAAGGUCCAACUCGAAAAUCUCAUACCUCAACAGAAAUAUGUUUAUCACUGUGGAAGUUCUCUUGGUUGGUCAGAAGAAUUCUGGUUUAAAAGUUUGGAUCCUUCAGAGAGUUGGGCUCCGACGCUGGCUGUCUAUGGCGAUCUAGGCAAUAUCAAUGGAAGGUCAUUACCUUAUCUCCAAGAAGAAACUCAGCGUAGUCGCUUUGAUGCAAUUUUACAUGUUGGCGAUUUUGCUUAUGAUAUGAGGGAUGCGGAAGGCGAAGUUGGAGAUCAGUUCAUGCGUCAGAUCGAGCCUAUAGCUGCUUAUGUUCCAUAUAUGGUUUCUCCUGGUAACCACGAGGAAGCUUACAAUUUCAGUCACUAUAGAUAUAGAUUCAAUAUGCCUAAUUCUGAGGAGACUGAAAACCUUUUUUACGAGUUCAAACUUGGGCCAGUACAGUUUAUCAGCAUUAAUACUGAAGCUUAUUAUUUUCUGGAAUAUGGUAUAAAAAUUGUAGUUAAGCAGUAUAUGUGGCUCGUGGAAGUUCUAAAGGAAGCUAACAAGCCUGAAAACAGAGCUAGGUGGCCGUGGAUCAUCACGUACGGCCAUCGCCCGAUGUAUUGCUCGGACGAUGAUGGCGAUGAUUGCACCAAGAGAUCCUCCCGAGUAAGAUCUGGUUUACCUGUAGUAAACUGGUUUGGCUUAGAAAAUCUGUUUUAUGAAUCAGGAGUUGAUUUAGAGAUUUGGGCUCACGAACAUUCGUAUGAGAGAUUGUGGCCUGUUUACGAGCACAAGGUGUAUAAUGGAAGUAACAGUGCUCCGUACGUUAAUCCCAAUGCUCCCGUACAUGUCAUCAGUGGAUCAGCAGGCUGCCAAGAGAACACGGAUAGAUUUAUAAAGCACCCAAUGGCGUGGUCUGCUUUUAGAAAUAGCGACUACGGCUACGCUAGGCUUAAGAUCCUCAAUCAUACUCACCUCUACAUGGAACAAGUCUCCGCGGAGAAGGAAGGAGAUAUUAUCGACAGUUUUUGGCUAAUUAAAGAUCAACAUGGUCCUUAUUCAAAAAAAUAACAUGCCAAUAAUUGUACGUGGUGUACAACUUGAAAAGAGUUAAUAAAAGACAAGGAAAUCUCCAUUAAAAACAAAAAUAAUUAAGUUUUUCAAUGUAGAAUCUAGAUUAUGACCUAGUGAUUUUUAGAUAUUUUAGUGUUUUCUGUUUAAUAAUUUUUUUUAUAUCAAAUCAAAUGAUACAUGUUAAGAUUUUAUUGUGCAAUCCAUGUUUUGUCUUUCCUUAAGAUAGUGAUUAGAUGGAAUAAUGAAAAAAUUAUCGCAAUGUUUCUCUGAUGUAUGGUGAACAAUAAUACAAAUUUAUUAUUCUAUAUGAGAUUAGUUAUGUACUGAUUAUUAACAUUGAGUACUUUAAAUUGUUUAAUGUUUAUAUAAUAUCCAUUUAGUUUAUCUUUCAUUCAGAAGAAAUUAUAAAUGUGUGUAAAUAUAUGUUUAUUUUUAUCAGUC